UGGCCAUCUCAUCCGAAGCUCAUAAGCAUACAAACCCCAACUUGGGCGGUAAACGACGCGAGCAGGCGACGGUGGCGGGCGCACACGUCGGCUGCCGGCCGCAGAACCAAAAAAAGAGCACGACAAGAUGCAGCAGCAGUGCACAAGGAAAGGCGAGGCUCACUUCCCUCUUGUGUCUGCAUGCCGAUCGCCGCUAAGCUCUUCUACUUCCAGCGCCGCCGCCCGCCGCCGCCGCCACCGCUUCCGGAGCCCGCCGGGCCCCGCGGCCUCGACUCCCCCGCCGCCCGCCGCCGGGUUCACCCCAUUCGCGCGGCGCACCACGGGCCGGGCUAUGAAGUUGUUCGAGCAAGCCAGAUAGAGCGAGGGGCGUCCAGCGGAAGCAUAACCGAACCCACAAAGAACGUGCUCUUCAACACAGGACAAAGCAUCAACGCAUCAAAUGACCGACUUCCUGAUGCGGUUCGACAAGCCAAGGAGCGACUUCAUCAAAGGCUCCGAAGUGUAGACCUAUUUCCGGAGAGGAGGCAAGCAGCACCAGCCGUAGGAACCAUUUGGGCCGGACCUUAUCUUCCCUCUGAAUGUGAUAUCUGCUCAUCGGAGGACGGCAGAUUGGCCGACCGGACUUUUAGCUUCAACUCCAACGCCUCCCUGUCAGGCCACAAAGUUAAACACAUCACAGCAGAGACGUUCAGCUACACGGUGGUGGUAGCACCACAUGAUCUGAGGGCUGUCUCCAAACUAGGACAAGAAGCUCUCCAAGGAACAAUCGGAGGCGACAACGAAGCGGAGUCCUCCAUGGACUGUUCGAUAUGCCUUGAAGGAUGCCAUGGUGCAUCAAACAGGCUGAUCCAGCUGCGCUGCAAGCACAUCUUCCAUUGGGCCUGCCUGGAGCAGUGGCUGCAGUCCCGCGCCGAUUGUCCGUACUGCAGGGCGGGCGUCGUCCUACCACGGAAAGAGUGACCUGGAGUAUUAGCAGCGCGUUGCGGCUUUUGUAAAAGAAAGAACACUCGAGUUGCUACUUGCUGUGUGCUUUUUUGAGAUGUUUGCUUCAGGAUCAAGUUUUGCUGCAGAAGGCUUGAAACAGAGCUGGCCUUGCUGCAUCUCGUCAGUCUGUAGCUCAGAUUCUGCAGUCCUCUGUCCAUUUUUUCUUUUGAGGGGCACGACCUCACUUGGGCGCCCCUAUGUCUGGCAUUAAGCGAGACGGGUGUGAACCCUCGCUGAAGGGUGGCCAUUUAUUAAAUGUUAAACAAGUAUUUAAAAAUUUUAAAUGAGUAUUUAAAAAUGUAAAA